UAUCUCACGCUGCAGCAGGAGCCGCAGCAGCAAACGCGGCUGACGCAUGAGACAGUAAUUCUCCUUUCCUUGGAAACCCCCAUUUGCUAUCGUGCUCGUCCAAUCGCUGGAUGUCCUCGGUCAUUAAUCGUUAGACUUGACGUUUCACCGUACUGCUGCGUCCAUCUCUCGGACUCCCUCGCUUCCCGCUGGCACCGAGGAGACCCCCGUCUCGGCCAUGACUCCCCGUCGGACCGCAACGCAGAGGCAGAGACGCUUGAAAUGAUUGUUUGGACUUUAGAUUGCCUUAAAGAGAGUUCACUAGGUAAUCCGCUGGCUUCUGCGCAAUAGCUCUGUGACAUCGGGGGAAAAUCAUGCAGGAGAAGCUGACGGACAACCGGGCUCCCACUUCAUCAAGGGCGUCAUCCUUUUUUAUUGAGAAUCUUUUGGGCAAGGGGACGAAUGGGCUGGAGUCGAUGUCGGACAGAGGUGGAGUGCACGCUGGUGAAGAGAGAGGGUCGGCCGAUCGCGACAUACACGCCGAUACGAGCGCUACAGCGCCCGAUGGUUCCAGCUCCACAGCGUGGUCCUCUUACAGAGACUCGCCGUCGCUGUGCCGCGGGGGGAAUAUCUUGAACUUCAGAGCUUUGGAAACGCCACACAGUCCAAGGGACAUUACAAGUUCAGAGGAUCCCUGCUGCUCAAUAUCUGCCAGUGACAGGGAUUCACCUGCUAUGUCAGAGCCAAUAACCGAGAGUAGCGACGAAACCGACAGGAAAACGGGCGACAGCAACCUAACUGACGACAACGAGGACGUGCAGAACGCGUUUGGUGCACGGUCAGAGCAAGACGCCUCCUCAGACCCGAGCUCAAUCCGGAAGAAGAAGACGCGCACCGUGUUCAGCCGUAGCCAGGUGUUUCAGCUGGAGUCCACUUUUGACGUGAAGCGCUAUCUGAGUAGCUCGGAGAGGGCGAGCUUGGCCGCAUCUCUCCACCUGACAGAGACUCAGGUAAAAAUCUGGUUUCAGAACCGGAGGAAUAAGUGGAAGAGACAGUUGGCGGCUGAUCUGGAGGCGGUACACAUCCCAAACUCGACCCAGAGGAUUGUCAGGGUGCCUAUCCUUUAUCACGAAGGACCCACACCCACUGCCGCACUAGGUUUCAGCCUAAGCGGGCAUCCAGUAUCUCAACCCGGCUUCUCCAGCUCCAUCAGCUACCCUCUGUCGUCGUUUGCUCACUCCAUGAGCAUGCUGAGAUCGCAGAUGACCGGCUUGGUGUAAAGACUAUUCAGCACUGUUCUUAAACUCGUUGUUAUUGAUAUAAAUCCACCUGGGUAACAUUAACUGUGCAAUAACCCCCAAUGCAGCAGAAAAGUGUUUUUUUCCUGCAUCCAAAGAUACAACCUGCAGAGUCCGUGAUUACUACACAAAGUGAUAUUUAUCUUCAUAAGCUUCCACAAGAGUCUGUGAUCUUUACACAGUGGUUAACUAUUUUAGCAGCCAAGGACGGCAAGGCAGAGGGCCAGGGAGGCCAUACCUGUUCAUGUACUGUAUGUUUGAAUACACACAUAUUUUUGCAAUUUUUUAUAUUUAAAGUCACAGAUCAGAUUUUUUUUCCAACUUUGUCACUUUUUCACGUAAUAAAUGAAUACAAAUCAAGCACUAAAUGAUCCGCUUUCUGUUGUUUGUUUACAUUCAGGGGACCUGAACCAUGGCUUCAUGUCAUGCAGGGUCACUCAUCUCGCCUCUAUGAAGUGGAUCCAUAGCGUGUGUGUGU